GUGCGCCCUCAGCAGAAGCUCACGAAAUUUGAAAAAAAACAUGGAGAAAGUAUCAAAGCGUAAACAAACUUUUGUAAAUUAUGUUCUUGACAAACUGAAGUCUCGGCUGGAUGCCACUGUAGCACCUAGCAAUUAUAAGCAAUGUGCGUAUACAUACGAAACAAACAGUGCCGAGGAAAACCUACGGAAUGACCAACAACACAAGGAUGGUGAAACUACCUCUGGAAUAAUACCAAUAAACAAAAAGAAAAAGAAGACACCUGCAAAGGAUUCAGGGAGAUUAUACCAAGCAAGCCUACCCAUUGAGGGGUUAGAGGUCACAAGGCAGGACUCGGCUUCUUGUACAAGUGAUUCUACAGACAGCAAUGAAUUUAAAAAGCGAAAAAGGAAAAGAAAAAGGAGACGCAGAACUAAGAAGAUAAUAGAUGAAGACAACAGGACGUGUACAGGUGAAAAUGUUGUGGUUCCAACAGAGAUGAAAGUGCCAAUGAUAGCUCAACCAGGGACAGAAGGAGAAGUGGAACACAAACUCUCUAAGAAAUUGCUAAGAAAAGAAGCUAAGAUAGCAUCGAUUCGAGCUGGUUUGAAAAACGAGGCCCACUCCCUUGCAAAAGUUUGGAAUAAUUUCUUCGAGGCAAGAUUUACAUUGGUGACAGAGACGGAAAAUGUUGAGGAUAUCUUACCGGAAUCGUGUAAUCGAAUUCUUAUAAAUACAGGAUGUAAUGAUGAUAAUUAUGAUACCUUGAAAGAAAAUGAACUACUUUCUGCAGAUGAUUUAGGCAGUAAAUCUAACAUAUCACCCUCUUCAUUUGACAUGCAACAUGAGAAAUCACGGAUAUUGGCAACUUCGUUUGAAGAACGAUAUGAGGAGCUUGAGAAAUCAGAAGGCAGUGAAGAGGAUGGAUCAACAAAUGACAACAAGAGCAAACAAAGUAAACCUAAUGGAAAAGAUAACACUGUCAAAUUAUCUAAAAAUCAAAAACGUAGGAGAAAAAAGAAAAGAAGGCAAUUUUACUUGAGAAAAGAAGAAGCAGAAAGGAAAGCUACGGCAAAGAAAAAAGAGGAGGAACAAAGUGCAGAAAAUUUUGCCAAAUUGAAAGAGGAGGUGGUUGCAUUUUUCGACUCCUUGUGGGAUAUUUUUUUGCAAGAAAAGAAAGAAAGUUUAAACCAUGUGGAUUUGGAGGGAUUGCGUCUGAAAUUACUGCAUUUCUUUGAGCAUUUGCAGAACCUUGAGCAGGGUAACUCAUGCAUGUUUGAUAUGUUGGUGUCUAUUAAAAAGUGGCUUCUGUUGCUCGAUAACAACCGAGCGAAGGCAGUAUUGGAAAAUUAUCAGCUAUCUGAUGCUUUGCAAGAUCAUAAAAUGGUUAUCAAGUGCCUUGUGGAAUAUUGGAUAACUGAUAUAGCGCCCUCUCUUGAUGUGAAUUCUGCAUCCUGAGCAUCAAGGCUGUUAUACUAGGCCCCCUAUUACAGUAUGCACAAAUUGAAAUAAACCAAUUUAUAAAUAAGACAUAAGACCUAAAUUUUAAUGCAACAAUGUCAAACAUUCAUAACAUUUUAUACAAAUUCUAACAUGUUGCGCAUUAGAGGUAUAAAACCACUUACCUGUAAUUGUCAUAAUCUUAACAAAUUUUAAAUUUACAGUGCUUUUUACAUGCUGCCAUCCAAUAUUAAGUAGUGAGUUAAUACUUGACAAUAGAUAAUCUUUAACUGUAAUGAGCUAAAAAAAAAAAAAUUAAUAAAAAAUAGAAUUUAGAAUUUGAAUUUAUUUUUUUUAAAGUUAUUGGCUUUCAAUUGAAAAAAUAAGCUCCUGAUAUUAGCAUUAGUAUACUGCAGAAACCAGGUCAGAAUUACUCGAAAGUCCAUAAUAUCGUACAAAGUGAUAUCAGCCAUUGUUCAUCUGUCAAUGCACAGUACUUGGCAUGCCUGUUAAAUGAAAUGAGCUGAUUGAAACCUUAACACAUUCCAUUUUACAUGAAAAUUCCACUUUCACAGCAUAGAGUAUAUCUGCACAAGAGCAGUAUACUAAAAAUUAGAGCUUGUUACUAUUUUUCAUGCCGUUUAAGAAGCCCAUAAUGUUACGAUUUCUGUUCUCCUUUGCAUAAAAUUAGCUUGAAGUCAUGGAUAUUUGUAGUAAAUGUGUAUCAGUCACCAAAAACUAAAGUUAGUUCAAAAUGUGUCUUGUUGGAUUAAUGAUGAGAUACUUUUAAAUAAGUAAUUUAAUUUGAUAAAUUAAAUUAAGGUUUUCCCAAUUUUAAUACAAGCUAUUAUGGAAUGCAAUUGUCACCAAAAAUGCAUGAUCGACAAAAAUGUUAUUGGUUUACUCUACCGUAUUACUAAUUAAAGCCUUUUAAAUAAGUACUUUGAUAAAUUCAAUUAAGAUUUUUGCCAAAUUUCUUUUCAGUCAAAUAUGGAAGGCAAUCGUUGCCAAAAAUACAAUAUUAACAACUUUUUAUUUGUUGUUUUCUUUAAAUUUCCAAAUAUUUAUUCAGGAUAACAUAUUCAAUAUAAUAUAAGGUACUGACUAUUUACAAAAGUUUGAUUAUUAUAUACAUCUGGACGACAGAAAAAGAAAGCUUUAGUAUAUUUGGUGGCGAUUAUCUUCCAUACAGUAAUUUAUUUAUUUGAUUUUACUGUAUUAAAAUGCAGCCCUCAGCAUAGAAUAUACAAUAGAAGCAAUUUUGAGGAAGUCAAGUGAAAGUGCACCACCUUCUUAAUGGAAUCGUUCGGUUACGUUUAUAUUUUAGCUUUUCCUUAUAAAUCGUAUAUCUGGAAUUACAAUUGAGUUGUAAAAAUGUCAUUUUAAUGUAAAAUUAUGAUACAACACCUGUUUUGUUCUUAUUGCUUUAAUGUAAAAUUUUAUGAUUUUGAAUUAUCCUUCUAUAAUGAGAUAAUUAUAGAGAAUAAUUAUCAUGUUCAUAUACAUUCAAUAUUUUUGGCAGUUUUUUUUAGUUUGUUUAUAAUAAUUUGCUAAUACAGUAUUUGUAAACAAAGACCUUAUAAAAAAAAAUUGCAAAAUCUUAUCUUUUUUAGGUCAAUACACAAUAAGCUCCAAUUGAGUGUUUUAUGGUGAAUUGUCAAUCCAAUGAGAAUCUUACUCUAAUAUAAGUUAAAACCCUCACUCUUCGAAUGAUUCGUUCAUGUUGGUCAUGUUGCAUUUGAAGUUUUAUUAUUGUGAACAUCGCUUUACUGUAAAACAACCAGUUUUGAUAAAUAAAUUAUUAGAGUAAAGUUGAA